GAGGAAAUUAUAUUUAAGUUGAAAAAUAAAAUUGAAAAAGAAAUAACAAUUGAUCAACGUCACCAUGGAAAGAUAAUUGGAGUUAAGGGUGAAAAAGUUCGAGAAUUUCAGAAAAUAUUUAAUGUUCAAAUUAUAUUCCCCAGUCCAGUCGAGGCUAGAAAUAAUUUAGUUAAAAUAAGAGGUUUGAACGAUGAUGUAAAUAAAGCACUUAAAUCAUUAGCUGAAUUGGCCAAAGUAUUGGAUGAAACCAACUAUGUAUUGGAAAUUCCUAUUUUUAAACAAUUUCACAAACUUAGUGCUGGAAAAAGAGCAAUAUUUAUUAAAAAGAUUAGAGAAGAGACUGAUACGAGAAUUUUUUUUCCACGUGAAGGAGACAAUUGUGAUGUUAUUAAAAUCAUGGGAAAUAAAAGAAAAGUUUUACUCGCUUAUGAUAUAAUUAAAGAAGUACAAAAUGAAAUAGGAGACAUAAUAACAAAGGAAAUGGUGCUGGGAAAUGUUAAAGUUAGAAAUGUUAUUGUAAAUCUUGGGAAUAAAUUCAUUCAAUCUAUAAAAGAAGAUUGUAGUGGUAAUGUGACAUUGAAUUUACCAACUGUUAAAAGAGAUAAUACUAUAGUUAUCAAAGGACCUGAAGAUGAUGUUAAAAAUGUUAUCACACAAAUUCAGACAAUGGUUGAUGAAGUUCAUAAAUAUGUGUUUGAAUUGAAAGUAAAUCCGAAGUUUCACAAAUAUUUAAUUGAAACAAAUGGAGUUAAUGUUAAAAAGAUCAGAUAUUUAACGAACACAAGAAUAAUUUUCCCUCCUGAAACUGAUUCCACUAAUGAAAAUAUAACUAUUGCUGUUAAAGAGAAUGUUAUUGAAGCAAAAGCAAAAUUUGAAGUUAUGGUAACCGAUAUUAAUAAUGUUAUCGAAAAGCAUGUAGAAAUCAAUGAAAAAUAUUAUGGCACUUUAGAGGUCAAUCAAAAAGAAUAUUUACACAAAUUGGAAAAAGAAUGUGGCGAUGUUAAAAUUGAAUUUUCUAAACUUGGUGCUGGAGAUAGAGUUGUGAUCAGUGAUAGCAAAGCAGAUGUUGCUCUUGAUAAACAAAGACUUUUAGACCAUGCUAAAGUUUUGGAAAAUACUAUUCGAGCUGUAGUAAAUAUUGAUCCAAAGUAUCAUAAUUACUUUGUUGGAAGACGUGGUGAAAUUAUCAAUCAAAUUAUUAAUGAUUGCAUUGAAGUGUCUAUAACAUUUCCGAAAAUAGCUUUUAGUAAUAGUGCUGUUACCAUAAAAGGUGAUAAAAUAAAUGUUAAAGAGGCGAAACGUAAGAUUGAAGAAAUUUUUAAAGACUUGGAAAACAUAAUUGAAGUCACUAUAAACGUUUCUCCAAAAUAUCAUCAUCAUUUUGUUGCCCAUCACGCUGAAGUAAAAAUCCAGAUAAGUGGGAAACAUAAUGGAGUUAUUAUUACAUUUCCACAUUCCAAUUCUAGUAAAGUUUUAAUUAAAGGCCACAAGGAUUAUGUUGAAAAAGUCAAAAAUGAAAUCGAUAAUAUUAUUAUUGACUUGGUAAAUUAUAUACUAACACUUGUUUUAUCGUUAAAUUAUUAAUCAAUAAUCGUGUUACACAGCGGCGUAGCAGUGGUGCGGUAGGUGCGAUGCACCGAGGCCUUCACGAUUUGGGGCCCUCAAUUCAAAAGAAAACUGAUAUAAACAAAAAUAGAAGCUUACGUUAACUACAACCAAUUGUUUGUUUUGAUUUUUGGUAGAAAUAAAUAAUAAAAACAUUUUUUUUUUUUUCAAAAUUUCAUCAACAUCUUUUAUUGUAAGAUUAGUCAAAAUAAUUAAACAAAUACAUUGAAAUGUAAUUAUAAUGAAAUAAAAUAUAUUAAAUACG